AAAAAGUGUGAGAGACUUCAGGGCAGAGAGUAACGGUGUUUCUCUUCUAGUCUCUAGAGAUGAAAACGUUGUUAGCUCUUGAAAAUAGGUAGGAUGCUUUGAUUUAACUCAGUCAUAUUAUAUAUCACCCAAAAUACUUAUCCCCAAAAAGCUAAAACACCCAAGUUCUUGAUUAUGGAUUCAGCAUCAUUUGCCGGUAAAUUGGAAAAGAGUAAAUCCGAUCCGAAUUGGGUAGGCAAUCCAUUAGCAACAGCCCCAGCUAUUCCGAGCUUAUCAUCUGCUUCACUGGAUUGGUACGAUUCACAAAAGCGUCGAGACUGGAACACCUUCUUACAGUACCUAGAGAAACAGGAGCCCCCCAUAACUCUAGCCAGGUGCAAUGAAUACCACGUGCUCGACUUCUUGAGGUACUUGGACCAGUUCGGAAAAACCAAGGUCCAUAUCACUGGGUGCCCAUUCUUCGGCCGCCCGAACCCACCAGCCCCAUGUGCCUGCCCACAAAGGCAAUCGUGGGUUAACCUUGACGCGCUCAUCGAACGACUCAGACCGGCUUUUGAGGAGAACGGUGGACGGCCAGAAUCGAACCCGUUUGCAGCCAGAUUUGUAAGGGGUUAUUUGAGCCUGGUCAGAGAAUGCCAAGUCGACGCCAGAGGGAUUCCUUUUAAAAGGAAAGAGGGGAAAUGCCCAACUGCUGUAACGGACAAAACUGUCGUGGCGAGUAAAGGACAAGGAGGUAAUACUACUGAUACUGGUAGUGAUGGUGAUGGAAGUGGUGGUGCUGCUCAAACAACAUUUACUACUGCAUCGAGUGACGGAAUUGAGGAACAUAUUGAAGAUUGUGACAAGACUGUUGAAUUGGGAAGGCAGCUUCAAUCAGACUCUAAGAUGAUAGCGACAUCUUUUACUGGUAAGCAACUUGGGUGGCAGAUAGUGGUGCAAAAUCUCUUAAAUGACGAAGAACCUGUUAUUGAGACUUUACAAAAAGCCCUCCCAGAGCAUCACUACCUAGACACAUUUAAGAAACUAAAUGAUGCUGAAAAAGCAAAGAGGGAACUAGAGCAGAAAGAGUACAUUGAUACAAAAUUAGCUAAUGAGGAACAUGAAAAAGAAGAAAAAAAUGAAGAUGAAGUAGAGGGUAUACAGGUUGAGGAAAUGCAACUGCAAGCAUCAAGUACUCUAAAACCUCAAGGAGUGGUGUUUGAUGGUGAAGCAAUUAAGAAGCUUAAAUCUAGUGAGAUGGAACCAGAAGCAAGUGAGCAACAUGGAUUAUUUCUCAUGCAGGGUGGUUUAGGACUAACUAAGCCACCAAAGGAUGAGGAUUGGAAGAACGCCAAAGAGAUUUACUUGAUGGACAAUGAGUUGUCUGAUUUACCUGACAAUCCAAGGUGCCCCAAUCUUUCAGCUCUGUUCCUUCCAAGAAACUACAAAUUAAGAAUGAUUCCUCAGCCAUUUUUUAAUUUCAUGCCAGCCCUUCAAAUCCUGAACUUAUCCAGGACUGGUAUCAAGUCUUUGCCUGAUUCUCUUAUCAGAUUGGUAAGCCUCAAAAGAUUGUUUCUAAAUGAUUGUCAUCGUCUCAUGAUUUUAUUGCCAAAAGUUGGAGAUCUCAAGCAACUUGAGGUUCUUGAUCUUGAAGGGGCAAAUAUUAUGGAUUUACCUAAGGAGAUUAAGAAUUUAACUAAUCUGACAUGCUUGGAAGUUUCAUUUUAUGGAUAUACGAGUAAUGGUAGGAGAACCAUGCAAUCAAAUGCUGUGGUUCCUUGUGGGGUAAUUUCUGCAUUGUCUCAGUUAGAGGAGCUGAAUAUAGAUGUAAAUCCAGAUGACGAGCGGUGGGAUGCAUAUGUAGAAGAUAGCUUAACAAUUUUUAAAUCAUAUGAUGCUGAAAGAAUUGUUCUUGGAUCACUUGAACACCUGUAUAUAUAUUAUAUGAAGAGUUUAAGGAGCAUAUGGGAGGGGCCAGUACCGCAACAUUCUUUAUUUCUUCUUAGGUCCUUGACAUUGAGCACAUGUCCCCAAUUGACCACUAUUUUCACGCAAGGGUUGCUUGAUAACCUAUGCAUUUUAGGAGAGCUUAAAGUGGAAUACUGCCCCUCCAUCAAAAGCAUUAUGGCUGAUGAGGAAGUAAAAUUCAAGGUUCAUUAUGGGGGUACUUUUCUAUGGAACCCAAGUUUAGAAUACUUUGAUGGGAAAGUUGAAAUAGUGUAUAAGGAUCUUGAUAGGCUUAGUUAUUUUGAAAUAGAAGGUAUAUGUGAGGAAUUGGGGAUUACUGAACCGUUUAGGCUUCAUUAUAUAGUUCUUGGGGGAAACUUGGAGCAAGACUUGAGGCUUAUACAUGAUGAUACAAAUGUGGUGUCUAUGUGUAAGCUUUAUAAAGGAAGUCCGAGAAACACCAUCAUACUGUAUGUGGAAAGUGGUCAUGCUCCACUUGUAGUUGAAGUUCUUGAAGGGUUUGGUGGAGGAAUAGAUGGAGGGGUUGGUCAAGGGGUUGGUGAAAGGUUUGGUGGAGGGGUUGCCAGAGGGGGUGAUGCUAGUGUGGGGGUAGAAGAGGAGUUUGAUUGGUUGAAUAAAGGUCUGGAAAAAGAAGACUUUGGUGAUGAUGUUUUUGGUGAGUCUUCUCCACCUCCCAGUAAUCCACCUUAUCCUAACAAUGAUCCAUCUCAACCAACCACUGAUACACCUCAAUCAAACACUAAUACACCUCAAUCAAACAUAGAUGCACCUCAGCCAAGCACUAUUCCACCUCCAAACAUAGAUUUAGAUGAGGAGUAG